AUGCACUCUAUAUCUGAGGAACGUUCUUACAAAUGUGAAGUCUGUGGCAAACUAUUUGCUCAAUCACGCCACCUUGCCAGACAUUCCCGUGUACAUACUGGCCAAAAACCUUACCAGUGUGAUCUCUGUGAAAAGACAUUCUCUCAGAAAGGCAAUCUGAAGAGGCAUACAUUGAUUCAUUUAGGGACGAAGCCAUUCAAGUGUGAGUACUGUGACAAGGCGUUCUUGGAGAAUGGAAACUUACAGCGCCAUGUCAGAGUGCACACUGGUAUUCGCCCAUACAAAUGUGGCUACUGUGGCCGGGGCUUCCUGCAAACUAGUGACCUGACUGAGCAUGAAACAGUCCAUACAGGACGUCGCACUUACCAGUGUGAGAGCUGCGCUAUGACAUUUGACAGCACUGAUGAGUUAGAUCUCCACCGAACCACCCACAGUGAGGAGCGUCCAUUUCGAUGUGAGCGAUGUGGCAAGACAUUCAGCAAAGAGGAGAACCUCAGUGCUCAUGUAGCUCUCCACUUCUCUCCUGAGCCUUACUAUUGUGGCCAGUGUGGUCGCAAGUUCACCAACAAGGGUAACAUGGCCAAACACUUGAAGACACAUUGCAGCCCACAGACGUUUAAAUGUGAAAUUUGUGAUAAGGUCUUCCACAAUCAUAGCAUCCUUAAAAAGCACUUGCGUAUCCAUAAUGAUGACCGAUCAUUCAAAUGCCGCUAUUGUGGCAAACGAUAUUCUUGGAGCAGCGAUUUAGUGCGUCACGAACGAAUGCAUAGUGGAGAGCGACCAUUUUCUUGUGAACUCUGUGGAAAGAAGUUCUCAUGGAGUAGUGUGCUUGCUCGGCAUCUCCGUAUACACAAUGGGGUCCGUCCCUUCCAAUGUGAAAUCUGUGGCAAGACCUUCACAGAUAGUAGCAAUCUCACAAGGCAUGUGCGUUGCCACAAGGGUGAGCGACCAUAUGUCUGUGAAACUUGUGGCAAAGGUUACCCAGACAAGAAUGGACUAAAGCAUCACUUAAAAGUUCAUUUCAAGCCUAAUAACCACAGAGGCAGGAGAGUGUCCAAAUGA